CAACAGAGCUGCGUUCUGUGGUUAGGGAAGCCAGUGGGUGUAACCCAGUUUGAACUUCCUCUGAUGGCGGUUUCAGGGUGUUUGGCAAGUCAAACAUCAAGCUGCAAUGCGUUUAUGGUCUGUAGGAGCAGGGUUUUCAUACAGCUUGUGGGCACUUUGGUGCUGAAGGUCGGUGGGUUUGCCUGCAGCAGUGUUGACCCUGCUGGAACACAGUUCUCAUGGCACUUCAGCCAGCAGACCUGGGCAAAAAUGCAUUCAUGGCAGCAGCUCAUGCUACAGUGACUUCCUUUACAACAGGGCUUACAAAAUGUGGCAAUUUUAGGGAUUCGAGUGACUGAAAAGUUCUAAAAAUGUUACUGGAGUUGAACCUCGAAUAUUUUCUCAGGCCUUAAAUGCGUUCGGAGCAUUUCACGCUUCCUUCUGGUUCACGUGUAUGGUUGAGGCCUCCAACAUGGAAAAGGGCUGCCUUGAGAAUCAUCUGUGAACCUUUUGGAUCCUGGGUUUGGUGGUUCCUUUUUAAGCUGUCACUCGUGUCUCAUUCAGUACCCAAAGGGGGGAAUCAGGCGCUCAUCACCUCUCUCCCUUCACGUAAACUCAUGUGUGAUUAUCAGUGUACCUUAAAGGUAAGAUGAGUCUGCAGGGUAUGCUGAGGACAUGAUGACUUAGAGCUUUCCAAAUGCAGGAGAAGAGGAGUAGAAGGGGAGCAAGGCAAAGCGAGGUGAUAGGACAGGGGAGUCCUCUCUUCAUAUUUAAUUUCUAUGGAUCCUAUGGAAACUCACAGUUUGUGCUGCAGCGAUAAAACUGCUGGCAGGCUUGUCUUUUGUCUUCAGUUAAAUUCUUGGCUAAAGUUAGCUUUUAUUAUGUGAGGAGAGAGAAGCAGGAAAUGGCAGUGAAUAAGCUCAAGCUGUUUGUAAGCAUGUGGUUUAUGCAGAGACGAUGGUAUAUCAUGCAGCACUGAAAACUUGCCUUCAGAGCGGGACACCAGCAGAGCACUCUGAUCGCGGGCUGCGGCUGCUUCCAUUCCUGCACUGCAACAUCUGUGUGCAGGAUCCAUGGGUUUUGGAACCCUUGUUGCGAUUGGAGUGAUCGUUUUUGCAGUGAUUGUCAUUACUAUAAUUCUGUGCCUCACUUGCUCGUGUUGCUGCCUGUACAAAGCAUGCCGAAGACCGCAGCCUGCUGUGACCACCACGACCGCCACAACAGUGGUUCACGCGCCGUACCCACAGGCGCACGGAGUGCCUGCCAGCUACCCCACAGCUCCGUACCAGGGAUACCAGCCCGUGGCCAUCCAGCCACAGCCGGGGAUGCCGGUCGCACCCUACCCUGCUCAGUAUCCUCCCCCCUAUCCCACGCAGCCGCCAGGACCCCCGGCCUACCAUGAAACAGUGGCAGCUGGUGCUGGAGCACCGUACCCCAUCAGCCAGCCCCCGUACAACCCUGCGUACGUGGAUCCUCAGAAGCCCACCUACUGAACAGCUCUGCCACCGUGCCCCGUGCAGCUGCACUAUGUUAUCCUGGAAGACAGCAAUCUUUUGUCUAAGUAAAGUGAACGUUACCUCCGUAUCUUCUUUGUUUUUAAGCGCUUUCAGUACUUCUGGCAGGAGUUGUUCAUUUAUACCUCAAGUAAAUACAAAAAGAGAUUGUGUUCAGAACGCAGAAGGGGUGCUGCAGAAGUAAGAACCACAAUAAAUUUCUCGUGCAAUAAUUUUGAAGGGUGGUGGAAAGGAAUGGUCCUCUGUGAGCUGUGUCAAACACCCAGAGCUGUAGCGAUCUCUUGCACAGAAUCAUAAAAGCGUAAUCUCUGAGAAGCUGGGUGAAGAUGUUCUGCUUGUUUUAGGGUUGUUUUAAUGAGGGCAGCUCCAACCUAACGCAUUUCAUCCAUCACUUAAAAGGGAACCUUUCUUGGAACACGUCUGCCUGUGGUGAGAGCAGAGAGCCGUGUUCGGUUGUGUUGACGAGUUGCGUUAUUCUGUGCUGAGUAGCAUGAGUUGGUCACUUCCUUGUUUUAUUUCCCAAUUUUAAGGCUUGCAAACUGCCUUUGUUGGGUGUUUUCUCAGGCUGUUUUAGUUUAUAGCUAGAAAUUGACAAUAGAACCAAACCUUCUGCCAUUCCUUAGAACAAACAGGUCAAAAGCUGAAAACCUGGGGGGGUUCUUCAUUAAAAAAUAUUGGACAAAGGCUUGGUUUGCUGAAUAGUCAUACAUUGUUGAGUACAAUGGAGGAAAUAGGGUAGCACCAUCGCCAUCCAUUGAGCAGAAAUGACUGUCGGCGGUGUUUUGCCACAGUGAGGGGAUUUAUUUUGGUUUUAUUUGGUUUAUUCGGGAACAAAUCGUGGUUUCCUUAGCGCCUUCUCUGAUGCUGUUUCUUUCUGCAUUGCAAUGCGUGUUGUUCCUUGUGGAGCUGGAUGCAGACCAUGCUGUCCCUCACUGUGAAGUAACGAGUGAAGUAAUGUGUAAUUUCGCACGCUGGUUGUACUUGGAGCAGCCUUCAAACCACUUGUCCCAUGACGUUACAUUUAGGGUGUAUUUCUGUUUGAAAAAUUGUGAACUUGAAUAACCAACAAUGCUGUUUUACCUCAUAGGAUGGUGGAAGCUGCUGCUGUCAGAGGCAGCCUUCUCUAACUGAUUUUUGGGUCUGUAUUCUAGGUUAUUCCAAUGAUUAAGAAAAAAAAAAAAGUCUUCAGGGCAUUUCAGGACAAACCUGAACAAAGUUUUUUAGUGUCAGUAUUCACAACAAGCCACGUCCCUCUGUUACAGCCCUGUGCUGGAGUUAAUAGCAUGAAGUGGUGCCAAGAGGCACUCGCACAGCAGGCAUGCCUUAGAUCCUCAUGUCCCUCCUCUUCCCUGCCCUGCAAGCCAAAAAAUCAGGCAGUGCUUCCUUACACUGCUAGGAGUUCUGUGAGAACACCCAAAAUGGGCAGCGAUUCCCAUGCGGAGGAUCAGGGAUAACUGGGGGGGGAGGGCACCAAGGAGCUGCAGAAGCAAUCCCUUUUCUGCAGAAGAACUUCCCACGUGUGUUUGUUCAUGCAGGACAGCAGAGACUCCAGCAGCUUGGUUGGUCGGUGUACGGAUGGAUGGGGGGAGGUGGGAGGAGAUGAGGGACAGGCUUAAGGAGCAUGAAAACUUACAGCUUUCCUCCAGCAAACGUAUGCUGAUGAUAACUGUGUCCAAGUGAAGAGAGAAAGCAGUUCUAUACGUGUUAAUGAUUGUAGUGUCACUGUUACAAAACUGGAUGUCGGAAGAGAAAAUGGCCUGCUUUCCUCGCUUCAGAACUGGAAGACUUAAUCAGGUUUUGGCUUAAUGUAUAAAUCAAUGCCAACCAUGUGGUGUAGGACCAAAUUUUAUUACCGUGGUGCAAUCCAAUUAAACUUCUUCUCUUAUGGUUAAGCAGAUGUGGCAGUUAGAUAAAUGAUGGAGAACCUGGCCCAUACAUUGUGUUUCAGGCACUGCUCAUGCUUUAGUCCCAGUAACCAAUGUCUUCACAUGCCACCAGUUACCCACCAUUAAAGUGGGAAUUCCCAUUUUAAACAUUGAGUCCAAUUCUUUUUUAAUUCUGAAAGUGCCUUUGGUUCUGUGGAAUUCAAUACAGUACAGUACUCUGUCCUAUGGAAUUUACUAGAGAAUCGUUGACUUUAUUACAUACUGUACACUAGCUUUGUAUGUUGUUUGUAGUUUAAACCUAAGUCUUCAAAAGAAAUGGCAUAAACUCUUUGCACCUUUGUAAUAAAUGCAGUGUUUGAAAUACA